UUGCUUGGCUCGAUCGACAGUUAAACCUCAAUCCCGUUGCAGCUGGCUGCGCCUUGACAGCGCUGCUGGCUCCGGCCUCUGGGAGCGGCCAAGGUUGAAGAGGACAUUGGUAUAGCGAGGUUUGGCCGGAUGGCUGUGGAAGGAUGUGCCCUUGCCUUACGAGCAGGCACAGAAGAAUAAAACUGCCCCCUUCCAUAUAUGUGCCCCCUGCUCUUUUACCACGUUUUGGUAGCCUGCAGCCUGUGGUGUAUACCUCUACUACCCAUUGAUGGUGGUUAUUUUGAGUGAAAUACUGGGUAGUUUAUGGCAUGGAGGUGCCUCCAUUGCCCAAGACUUAACAGUGCAUGCCGUGUGAUGAACGCUGGGCUCGUACACUUCCUCCAGGUCAACCUCUUGGGUGGCGAACUCUGUAUGUAUUCUUUAUAUAGCAGCAGGACAUGAUGUGUGUUAAGAAACUCAGUAAGGGUACUGGCAAUACCAGGAGAAUAUUGAUUCAUAUUACAUUAGCCUGUGCAAUGAAUUUCUGUUAAACUGAUCUUGAAAAAAGCUGGAUAAACACUUUGCUAUCAGAAGUGUCUUGCUUUCUCUUUUUCAUAUGCUUCUUUUACCCAUGGGAAACCUGGGUAGUAUAAUUCACAAGAGAGUCCAGGACAUUCACUUCUAGAGUUGAAAGUGCCAAGGUAAGAGCUUGCUAGUAGCUUGAGAUACAUACGCUGUCCUGCAGAACAGCUGCAGAUAUUUUCAGUUGCUUAAGGCUUUAAUUUACUUCUAUCAUUUAAAGUUGCUUUGGUGCAUUAAAUAUCAGGUUCUUCUUCUGGUUCACUGCUGCUUUCUUAUUUUCGACCUCCAGUAGAAAUUUAAUUAAUAUCUUAGUUUAGGUUGCUCUUAGCUCAGCUCGAAUCCUUGGCAAUCACUGUUUUCAUUUCAGGAUUGAUCCAGGAAACAUAGUGGAGUGGAACAAUCCUGACUAUUUGUGACUUCUGCCUGCUAUCCUCUGUGCCGAUUUUUGACUGACAGCCUCAAGGCUGAGUGGGCUGGAAUGGUCUAUGAUCAUGUUGGUGGUCUUCAAUUCGUUUAGCUGCUGACAGCUGACAUCUGUGCUAAAGAGUGACUUGGAUCAUCUGUCUAACAAACAGUCAUGAGUCAUCUGAAGUUGUUUGCGGCUGCAGUGAAGUGGCAUGGCAUUAAACUUCUGGAAAAGCGAGAUAUAGCCAGAAGAGUCUUUUUACAUGGCCAACGGUAUGUUUCGUCAGGAACCUCAGAACCUUUCCUGAGUGGGAGCAACUCAAAUUAUGUGGAAGAAAUGUAUUAUGCCUGGCUUGAAAACCCUAAAAGUGUACAUAAGUCCUGGGAUUUGUUUUUCCGAAAUGCUAAUGCUGGCCAAGCACAUGAUACCAAUCUGCCAGACCAGUUGGAAAGGAAGGCAUCAUUUCUUCAGAGCCAUGGCCUGGCCCAAACACCGGGUAAAGCCGAAAAGCUUGUUGAAGAUCAUCUUGCUGUACAGUCUUUGAUACGAGCAUACCAAAUCCGUGGCCAUCAUGUGGCUCAGCUGGAUCCCCUUGGAAUUCUGGAUGCAGACUUAGAUUCAUUUGUUCCAUCUGACUUAAUCACUACAAUCGAUAAACUUGGGUUUUAUGGUUUGCAUGAAUCAGAUCUGGACAAAGUCUUUCAGCUGCCUACAACCACCUUCAUAGGAGGAAAUGAGAACAGUCUUUCUUUACGAGAGAUCAUCAAACGGCUGGAGAAUACUUACUGCCAACACAUUGGCUUGGAGUUUAUGUUCAUCAAUGACGUGGAGCAGUGCCAGUGGAUCCGUCAGAAGUUUGAGACACCGGGAGUUAUGAAAUUUACUAAUGAGGAAAAAAGGACUUUGCUGGCAAGGCUGGUGCGCUCAAUGAGAUUUGAAGACUUCCUUGCACGCAAGUGGUCCUCUGAAAAGAGGUUUGGGUUGGAAGGAUGUGAAGUAAUGAUUCCUGCACUUAAAACCAUCAUUGAUAAAUCCAGUGAAAUGGGAAUCGAAUAUGUUAUAAUGGGGAUGCCUCACAGAGGUAGGCUGAAUGUUUUGGCUAAUGUAAUCCGAAAAGAGCUGGAGCAGAUCUUCUGUCAGUUUGAUCCCAAACUCGAGGCUGCUGAUGAGGGAUCUGGGGAUGUAAAAUACCAUCUGGGAAUGUACCAUGAGAGGAUCAACCGAGCAACAAACAAGAAAAUCACUCUGUCUUUAAUGGCUAAUCCUUCUCACUUGGAAGCAGUUGAUCCUGUUGUGCAAGGGAAAACAAAAGCCGAACAGUUUUAUCGAGGGGAUACGGCAGGGAAAAAGGUUAUGUCCAUAUUAUUACAUGGGGAUGCUGCCUUUGCAGGACAAGGAGUGGUUUAUGAGACAUUUCAUCUUAGUGACCUUCCGUCCUAUACUACAAAUGGUACUAUUCAUGUUGUGGUCAACAACCAGAUUGGCUUCACCACAGACCCCCGUAUGGCCCGCUCAUCUCCAUAUCCUACUGAUGUGGCUCGCGUUGUCAAUGCUCCUAUUUUUCACGUGAAUGCUGAUGACCCUGAAGCAGUGAUGUAUGUGUGCAAUGUAGCUGCAGAAUGGCGAAACACAUUCAAUAAAGAUGUGGUGGUUGACUUGGUUUGUUACCGUAGGAGAGGACACAAUGAAAUGGAUGAGCCCAUGUUCACCCAGCCUCUAAUGUACAAGCAGAUUCAUAAGCAGGUACCAGUGCUGAAGAAGUAUGCUGACAAACUGAUCGCAGAUGGAACUGUUACACUGCAGGAGUUUGAGGAAGAAAUUGCAAAGUAUGAUAGAAUAUGUGAAGAAGCCUAUACUAGAUCUAAGGAUAAUAAGAUCCUUCAUAUCAAGCAUUGGCUUGAUUCACCUUGGCCUGGAUUCUUUAAUGUGGAUGGAGAACCCAAGAGCAUGUCUUGUCCUCCAACUGGCAUUUCAGAAGACCUUCUGACUCACAUUGGCAAUGUAGCUAGUUCAGUGCCAGUCAAAGACUUCAAAAUACAUGCAGGACUGUCUCGGAUCUUGAGAGCUCGCUUGGAAAUGACCAAGAACAGGGUUGUUGACUGGGCCUUAGCAGAAUAUAUGGCUUUUGGCUCCUUUCUUAAGGAAGGGAUCCAUGUCCGACUAAGUGGACAGGAUGUGGAGAGGGGUACUUUUAGCCAUCGUCAUCAUGUCCUUCAUGAUCAGGAAGUUGACAAGAGGACUUGUGUUCCCAUGAAUCACCUCUGGGAGCAGCAGGCCCCGUAUACUGUGUGCAACAGCUCCCUUUCUGAAUAUGGUGUCUUAGGUUUUGAACUUGGCUUUGCUAUGGCAAGUCCCAAUGCCCUGGUGUGCUGGGAGGCCCAGUUUGGCGACUUCCACAAUACAGCACAGUGUAUAAUAGACCAGUUCAUCAGCUCUGGCCAGGCCAAGUGGGUUCGUCACAAUGGAAUCGUCCUGCUCCUGCCUCAUGGAAUGGAAGGAAUGGGUCCAGAGCAUUCAUCAGCUAGACCUGAGAGGUUUCUGCAGAUGAGCAACGAUGAUUCUGAUGCUUAUCCAGAGUUCAGUGAGCAGUUUGAAGUUUCCCAGCUGUAUGAAUGCAACUGGAUUGUGGUGAAUUGUUCAACUCCAGCCAAUUACUUUCAUGUCCUCAGAAGACAGAUCUUGCUGCCAUUCAGAAAACCGCUAAUUGUUUUGACACCCAAGUCACUGCUGAGGCAUCCAGAAGCUAAAUCCAGUUUUGAUGAAAUGGUAUCUGGUACCACUUUCCAACGCGUGAUUCCAGAGAAUGGGCUGGCAGCUCAUGCACCACAUGAGGUCAAGCGAGUGAUUUUCUGCACAGGAAAAGUAUACUAUGAUCUUGUGAAGGAAAGAAAGAAUCAAGACCUGGAGAAACAAGUAGCUAUAACCAGACUUGAACAGAUCUCACCAUUCCCUUUUGAUUUGCUGAAAAAAGAACUUGAGAAGUACCCAGAUGCUGAUCUAGUUUGGUGUCAGGAGGAACACAAAAACAGUGGCUAUUAUGAUUAUGUCAAACCUCGCUUCCGCACAAUUGUGAACCAUACUCGACCUAUAUGGUACGUUGGUCGAGAGCCUGCUGCUGCAGCCGCCACAGGCAACAAGAACACACAUCUGGUGUCGCUCAGAAGGUUCUUGGAUACAGCUUUCAACCUGGAGGCUUUUGAAGGAAAGACAUUCUAACUGCAGGACACUGACUCAUUUCUGACAAGUAGUCUCUCAAAUGACUGCAUCCAAAAGAAGAAAGUAGUAGAAAAAAUACUGGAAAUUAUGUAUUUUUGAUUUACCAUAUAAAAUGAUCCAGCAGAUGACUUCAUUCAUCAGCACCUUGCUUCCCAAUGUAUAAGAAAAAAUAUAACUCCAACUUCCAUCAUUUUUUUGUCACUUGUCUGUUUAUACUGGGACCUCUUUGGCACAAGGACAGUCUCCUAUCCAAGGAUGCAAUAUCUAGCUCAGUGAGGCUUCAGUGUCAGUCUGUGGAUGCUGUCCAAUUACUGUAGGUAAAGCAAAUACGGACAGCAUGGUAGUUAUGCCUAACCCUGAAAAAUAGGAGAGUAUAUUUGGGAGCAAGGAAACAAAGUGCAUUGUUAGCAGGAAAAUGGUUGACAUUUCUAGAUAGAUUGGAGAGGAGUAAUGAAACAAAAAAUGAAAAAGCUAAUGGAUAACUUUGGUAGAGAAAUGUGCUGGCUGUGGUUGUUGGAAGGACAUGGUAAGGAAGCCUGGUAAUGUAAAGAGGAGGCUGGAAAUAGGGAGUCAGAUUACAAAGCUGCAAAACUAUGGGUGAUAACAAAAGUGGUGUGGACCACUUCCAUGAAAGGUGGAGGAGGGUGGUGAAGGCAAAAAUAAAAAGGACCAAGAAAAAGUUUGUUGGGCUAGUUGAGGAGGAAAGAAGUCUACACAAGAUCACAGCUGACAGAGCAGUGGAUGAUCUGCAGGAGAAUUCAGCGUUAAAUUACUUUAAAUGUAAAAGGUAACUACAACAAUUGCUCCCACUCCCUGUGCUGCCUGCUUCGAUGCUCUGCGGUAUGUCCUGUGAACAUCCUCAAUUUGGGUGAAAACUCUUUCCCUCACCAAACUGCUGGAUUCUGGGGAUUUUUUUGACCUGAUAACACCUGUAAAAAGAUUGUCUUUGCACGAGAAAUCUGAGUUUGUGCAACACGUAGUGGGUUCUCUACUUUGUCCAAUGCUAAUCCCUGCUUCUCAUCUCCUUGCUGGUAUUAAUUCACCUCUGAAGUAGCAGUUCCCAAUUUAGUCACUUUUUUUUAAUGUUAAGAGGAAUAAGCAACAGUUGCUGACUGACCAAAGGCACGUGCUGUGGUUUUCUACAAGUACUAAUAGAUUUUUGUACUCCCUUGUGUUUACUUGUCAGUUAGGAUAUCAGUUGCCAUGCACUUUAAAUAUGGACAUAAAAAUGAACUGCCUUGAGAGGUGGCUCUGUGUGAAACAACUGAUGUACAGCAGGUGCUGGAGAGGAGAGGACAGCGGGGGUGGUUUCUCUUCCCAAGAGACAGUCCUAUGUGCCCUGGGAGGCACUGCACAGCAGGGUGGUCUCAGAGUGCCACCACCUGUGCUUCCUCCAUGGUGCUGGAAGGCAGGUAGGCAUUGUUUUCCUCUCCACUCUUAGAACCAAUGUUGACAGAAGUCUAGUUCCCUCUGCCCCAGGAGCACUUGCAUCUGGGUGAACCUUGUGACAGCAAAUUUCUGCAACACUAGACUGUGUAGUAAUAGGAGACUUCUUUCUGCUGGCUGGCAGAGGGAACUGCUAAUUAAAAGAGCAAGUGGUGUAGUAGAGGAAUGGCUAUGCCUGUGUUGGAGCAGGAAGCAGUAGCAAGCAGCAGGAGGUCUCUGUCCCUGCAGUGCCUGGAGGGUCCAUUUUACACUGCAGCUUCUAUAUGAGCUGUGACAUCACAAGGCCUGACAGUUUCUGCCUGAUUCAGAGAGUCAAGCCUGCAGACAACAAGAUAGUUAAAAAAAAAUCCUUCUGUCAGAUGUGGUAGGAUAAAACACGGUCAAGAUACUUGAGAUGGGAUCCAGAACCAAACUUAGUCUCAUGUUCAUGAAACUCAGUAGCAUCCUUUCAAAUCAGGCUGGUUGCCUUGGGCUUUUUCUCUAAUUGAAACAUUGAAGCUAAUUCAGUGUUUUGAAACCUAAUGAACUUGGAAAGUACUGCAGUUGACAGCAGCAAGUAUUGUUUCCUGUCCAUUUCUAUAGCUCAGAAUAUUAAGCUGAUAGGCAAUAACCAUCACCCAAAGUAUUUUAAUGCUUGUUUCUGUGGCAAGAAUUGAGUGCAGCUAAGCAUUGCUGACACCAAUUACUGUAUUCUCAGUUUGCAUAAGGCAGGUCAGUGCUGCAUGAAAUAAAUGCAUUUAUGCCACAGUAUAUGCAGAAGUAGAAAACAAAAUUAACAUAGAAAGUUAAGUGAUAAAUGACAGGUUUCUGUUUUCAUUGUGUAUCAUAGAUUGUGGCUUAAUAGGUGCAUAAAAAUUCCAUUAAAGAAUGUAAAAUAAUAAUAAAAAAAAUAACAAAAUUCUCUGUUAUGGUUGGGUUUUUUGACAGUUUUCCCUUUGAGAGCUGGUAUUAGCAUCCUAUUCAUAAGAGUGCUGGGGCAGCUUAUUUUUCUGUUUUCUCUUUGUUUCCUCAGUAUUGGCUUAUUUAAAUGUAAUAGCAUUUGAAGGGGGGAGACAGCAUUUGGAUUAGAAAGAGUAUUCAAAACUGUUGAGCUAAAAGUAGUGCUAGCAUUGAGGUUAUAUCAGAAUAUUUUGGGUUAUUGUAGCUUUUUUAAACAGUAAGUGAUCACAU